AUGGUGCAAUCAGGAGCGAAAGCUAGAAGGACUGCCAGAAAAGGUGUUGCUACUCGUGAAUAUACAAUUCAUUUGCAUAAACGCAUUCAUGGUGUUGGUUUCAAAAGGCGAGCUCCUAGAGCUAUUAAAGAAAUAAAGAUGUUUGCUAAAAAGAUGAUGGGCACUGAAGAUGUUCGAAUUGGUGUGCGGCUCAAUCAAUUUAUAUGGUCCAAGGGUGUCCGAAAUGUUCCAUAUCGUGUCCGCGUGAGGCUUGCGCGCAAAGCUAACAAGGAUGCAGAUAGUAUACAUAAGUUCUACACUUUGGUUACAUUCGUGCCUUGUACUGAUUUUAAAGGAAAGCAGAUAAUUAAUGUUGAAUCAGCAGAAUGA